ACCAGCUCGAGUACAACUCCUUUUCUAUUGUCUUUGACCACAAUGCAUCCUGCCUUAAUUUUUGGCCUUGUUGUGUGUGGAACGAUUGUGAUUUAUGAAGGUGUUAAGUUGACGAAUCAUCUUUACGAAAGAUAUUCAGAGCAAAGCGAUUACUACGAGCACGUUAGAACCUUCAAUGAAAAAAGAAGAAGCGGCAGACCUCAUUCGCCACCUUAUGAUGACAAUGAUGAUGACGAGGACGAUGAAGUACUUCAAUCUGCCUGGAAUAGGGCUUACAGUGGUCUCAGAUUGAGACGUUCUGCACACAGCGAUUCAAGACUGUCAGAGGAUGGCCACUCUGACUAUGAACUAUCGGAGAUUGAAAGAAGCAUUCUUGAUCGAAAGAAGGCAUUGCAAAGAGAGCAGGCACUCUUGGAUGAUGCAGAGCAAGAGCUUCACAGACGCAAGCAGUCACUGAGCUCAAGAGGAAACAGCCUUCUCGGAUUGGAUACCACCCACUGUGAUAAUGAAAUUACGCACAACCCCUUUGGUGAUGAUUUCGGGCGUCUUACCGACAACACAUCAAGCCAAAGCACCCUGUCUCCCUUUGCUGACCCUCCUUUUAUUCUCCCACCCCUUGACACUGUCUCUACGGACCCAUUAAACGUCUCUAUUUCCAGCACUCCCGAAUCUCCCAGACAGCAGUCCACUAUAUCCUCAAUUCCUAUCGAUCGAGAAGAGCUUUGGGCAGCCGAUAGUGACGAUAACCAAGAAAUGGAGUUUCCGCUCGUACUUGGUCAAGGUGUAUCUGACUCUGAAGAAAGUUGGUCAGAGGUCGGAAGAGAAUUGGGUAUGACAACUCGACGACAGAGUCAAGGCUCAAUUGGAAGCCAUGAUUCGAAUUCAUCGGGUUCAUUGGGUUCGCAAACCCAGCAUUCGGAAGAUGGAAACAUGUCGUUUGACAUGAUGAGUGUAUCAGACAAUGGGCUCUAGAGCCUUCAAUUCUUAUGAUUUUCUUGGCAUUUUUUUUGUUAAAAUAAAUUGUAAACACAAGCUUUUUUUUCUCACUCUCAUUCUUAUAUUAC